AUGCGACUCGCUAAUAACAAGGUCACUGAUGAUGGGAGCUCAGCACAGUCCCUUCAAGAGGGGCAAGUCAUGGUGGACUCCCUCACAAAGGUGGUGGCAUGUUACCGGCACCUGGCUUCUUGUGUUGGUGGUUGCACAGACAGUACGAGUCUGCGCCGUGAGCUCCAGCAGACACGUGAGCGUGCUCAGACACUCACACUGUCCUGUCGUAACCACCUAACGGCUCGGCUGAGGGAUAAAACCCUGCCUGAGGAGGAAAGGAAGAUGACAGAGCUGCAGUGGGUGGCCUUCUCCUCCUGCUUGGAGCUUUUUUAUGCAGACAUGUGCAAAGUUUAUCACAUGGGCAACUGUUUCUCGGUGGCCAACAACAGUGCCACAGUGCAGACGGGCAUGCAGGGAGUUAUGACAGAAGUCACAGCUCGUGCCCUGAGCAUGCCUGAUCUGCAGGAGCAGCACGGAGAACAGACAGCCAGUACGGAGGACCUUGAGCAAAGUCAGCUGGAGCAGGAGAUUGCGCAGGUGGACCGCACUCUGGAAGACAUGGAGAUGAAGGUGAAUGUGCUGCGCUGGACAGUGGAGGCACAAGGGCCCCAGUACAGUGAGCUGCUCAGUACUGACAGUGCUUCAUUGGGGCUCCUGUGCACCGAUGUGGAGGAGGCACAGGUGCAAUUCUGUGACCGGAGCCAGAUGUUCAUGGUGAUGCUGUUCGGUGGUAUGGCAGCCAUUGCUGUGGUGUUGUCCGUGGGUGUAGUUUUCUUGGUCUGA